AUGGAGUUCGAUCCUAAAAUUAUAAGAUACAGGGGAUGGAGGAAUCUUACUUCGUCAGACUUGCCCACCUCACAAUUUAAGCACCUUAGUCGUCAGUCCAAUGGGUUUAGCUAUAUGCAGUAUAAUCUUGGGCUUUUGCAUAUUGUACAGUGUACUACUCCUACGGCCUGGCCAUUGCAGGCUGAAAAAGUGUUUUGA